AUGAAACGAAUUGUAUUGUUAACAUAUUUGUGCAUAUACACAUUUGCGACUGAUUCUGUGAAAGAUUUCGAAUUCCUGACUCAAAGCGAUUAUGGGAAAAAAGUAUUAAAAGAAUAAUAGCUAGUUCUGAAAUCUAGUUAAAGUAAUUAUAUAAAUAAUUAUCAAGAUCCUGUCGAUUUGAUAAUUAAUCUAAAUCAUUUUGAAUCUGAGCUUGUGAUGGAUAGUGAAAAGACAAUGAAGGAGUAUUAGACUGUCUAUACACGAAGUAUCAAUUUUCAAAAUUUAUAAUGAAGACAUUGAGAGGAAAUAAGCAUUGAAAUAAAAGAUCUUUUUAUCAAAAUAUUAAUUGUAGAAUGUUGGUGAAGAACUUACAAUUGUCACUAAGGAAAAAGAAUUUUCAGAAAAAAUAUUCGAAGAAAGAAAGAGAUUAUUAACAGAAGAGAAUAAAUUUGUUCCUCAGAUGCAAGCUAUUCGUAAUGAUGAAGUAUGUUUCAUAUUAAUUAUUUGUUAGAUUGAUAAACUCUAAAAUUUAAAAAAGGAAAUAAACUAAACUUCCAAAGUCAUAAACUCAUUUUUAUAACACUUUUAAGGUUUAGCUCAUUUCUUGGCCAAAAAACCAGAUUUGAGUGAGUCACCAGCCUUUUUAGCUAAUAACAAAUAGAAUGAUGAAUUGAAUAAGUUUAAAUCAAUGUGCAAUGAUAUCAGAAACGAUUUAGAUACUGUUGUUAUUGAUAACCCCUACACCCUAGUAUUAUGUAUAUUUACAUCUAAUGUUCCAAGUUUCAUUAAAGCCAUUAUUGGCUCCUGAAAAUGCUCAUUUGAUUGAAGAGGUUCCUUAAUUAUUAAAAACCUUAUUGCUUGCCUUGGAAUCAAGUUCAGAAGAAAUUGAGGCUGUAAGCAACGAGAGAUAAGAAUUGUUCAAUAUUGAAAGGAAUGAGCUUAAAAAAGAUGUUGAUAAAAGAUCAGCUGAAGUAUUGUCAUAAUUUAAAUUAAAAUAGUGUGAUUAAAUCAAAUAAAUAUUCGAAAGAUCCUCAAUUGAUUUAGAGAACUUAACUAAUUAACAAAGUGAUUUGAAGAAAAAGAUUACGUAAUUGUAGACAGAACAAGAACAACUAUAAUCCGAUAUGGAAGGAUAACAAGUAUUGACAUUAUUAUACCAAAUAGAGAGAAUACAGAAAUAAGUUAAAGAAUAAUUUAGCCAACCUAGGUUUAAUUAGGAAAAUUAAAUACUUGUUAAGUUAAAACAAUAAAGGGUAUUUGCAAUUCAUUAAAAAUUAGAAAUGAUAAGCAUAUAUAUGUUUGUUUUAAUCUAUAUAUUUACAUCAUAAUUAAACUUCAAGCAUAUUUUACAAUGUAUAGCACUUGUUAUUGGAUUGAAUGCUCUUUAAUUCUAUUGGUUAAUUAAAUUUAAAUUUUGAUUAAUAAUAUUGUGAUUCAUGAGCCUUAGAUGAAUUUGUAAUUGAAUGCAUCUUGUCUAUUUUAUCAAGCACUUUUUAAUACGGAUUAAUAAUAUUGUUAUAAAGUGUGCGUUUAUGUAGCAAAUGGAUAUAUUUAUUAUCAAAUGGAAAUCAUCGAAACCUAUAGCAAUUCAAAGUAAUUGAUAGGAGGAGCUUGCAAUCAAAACGAACUAGUGAUUGCUUAAUGGGGUGGUAAUGUACUAUUCAAAAGAAAAAACGCAGAGGAUGUUAAAAUCAAUACUUUUUGUGUAGGUAAAGAAUCAAUUGAUUAUAAAGGUCUUCUUAAGAUCACAGGCGAUAAAUAUUUGUGCAUUACCAGCAAAAAUCAUUUAUUACAAAUUAAUGAAGAUAGAAAAAUCGAAUAGAUAGAUUAAUAAGAUAGUCCCUAUUUUGUUUGCGACUUUUAUUUGAAAACUUGUCUAUUCAUGCAUAAUACUAUUUAAUAAUAACGAUUUUUGUGUCUUUGGAAUAUGCUGACGUAGUAGAAAUCCAAAUAUGAACACCUCAGCAGCAUUACAAGUGUAAUGGCUGCUGAUGAUGGCAUUUGGCUAGGAGAUAAGGAUGGAUAUUUGAAUUUCAUAACUUAUAAAUUGAAGCUUAAAAAACGUGUAGGAAGUAUACAUUUAUAUUAGAUCAUAGUAUUUUCAAAUGAAAUCUCCAAAAUUUAAAUAAUGAACAAGAAAAUAUACUGUGUAUCAUAGAAGGAACUAAAGCUAUUUUUCCAAGAUUAAAUUGUCUCAAUCUCUACCUUCGAUAGUGAGAUUAGCUGUAUUGGUGCAUUCAAAAGUAAAUUGGUAUUGGGGACAACAACUGGAUAGUUAAUGAUUUAAGAAAAUUAGAAGAAUUUUGCAAAACAUCAACUACAUGCUAAUUCCAUUAUGAGUGUCUCUGUCAAUGGUAAUCAAAUUGUAACAACAAGCAGUGAUCGCACUGCUAAAAUCAUUCAAUUAACCUGAGAAUGAUAAAUAUAUAUAGAUAUAGA